AUGACCAGCCAGGCUAGCCGAGGUCGGAUAUCUCACCAGGACCCGAUCGACGACGAUUUUGACGUGCUUAACCCGGCCCAGAAGCCUGCUCCACGUCAGCAACGGACCGCUCGUCUGAUUUUGGCGUCCAAUGCGACCCGCGACCCCGUAGAUGCCUGCAUCCUCAGCAAACCGACCCGGCCAGGUCUAAGCCCUCGAAACAAAAAGCGCCCAAACCACGAGCUCGUCGAUGACGAAGAUGAACUGGCGUGGGGGACGAGCGGUAGAGAACCCCCUACAGCCAGCGAAAGGCAGGCAGUUGAGGGCUCACCGAAAAAUAAAUCCCCGAGUCUGUCCCGACGGGGGGAUAUGAAAUCAACCAAGUGGGCGGACGUCCGAGGAGAUCGCAUACCUACUGGCGUCGGCGUGGUAGCAGCUGUGUGCCAGCCAAAUUUCAGAUUUGCGGCAAGCAAUGGCCAGAACAACUGCUUCCUCCGACCGACCGAUGGCCCAGAAUUGCGUGUGUUUACUCACGAGAGCCUCCCUGCGGAGCCAUAUCAAUGGCUCAAGAUUACAGGGAAAGCGAACACCUUGUUUUACCAUCCGGACUCCAGCCUCAUCAAGCUCACCCAAUCAAGGGACCAAACCUCGAUACUAAUUGGGGCCCAUAGUCGCAAUCAGGUAUCAGACAGGCGUUUGUCCGACGGCACCCCGGUCCGCUUGACGGAGGCAAACGAAGCAUCGCCCAGAGCAAAUGCGGCUUUCACCGAAAGUGCGCCGGCCAGCUCUCGGACCCCCAUUCGACACCAGAUGCAAGUCUCAGCUCAGCACACGGGAACUCCGGUUCCCCCGUUCGGUACUGCUAGUGAACGCGCCCCGGUUGCGUCGCGCUCCUUGAGGACGAGGGACAUUUUUCAACAGGGGCCAGCGCCUGAAAUGCCGCGUGUAUCUGCCGUGCGUCGCUGGUCUGACGAGAAUCAGGACUGGGCACAGGGUUGGGAUAUGCCACUGAUCCGUCGGCGCACAACCGUGGACAAAGAAGACAUACCCAGGCUCGACGAAGGCCAGUGUCUGAAUGACAAUCUCAUCGGCUAUGGUCUCCGCUAUCUCUUUGACGUGUUCGGCGCAAGGACUAAGGAUUUACACAAGCGCGUUUACCUCCACAACUCCUUCUUCUACGAGAAACUCAAGGCGGGCAGGGGUGCGAUCAACUACGAUGGUGUCAAAAAUUGGACUACAAAGGUCGACUUGUUGUCAUUCGAUUACAUCAUCGUACCCGUCAACGAACACUACCAUUGGUGGGUGGCCAUCAUAUGCAACCCCGGGAAGCUUGACCCAGCCUCGAGACGGGCUUCGGGCGAUACUCGAGACCCCCCGGCCCAAGUGAUGGACGGCAAAGUCAACGGCGCGACAUCCGACGUGGAAAUGACGGACGUCACUGAAAAGCGGCCGCCGCGAUCACCGAGAGACAAAACAAACAUGGUCAAGUCCGACCUCGUUGACUUGGUUUCUGACGAUAAGAACGUCAGUAUAGACCUGACUUCGACGUUUCGGGCAAAGCAACCCAAAAAGGCAAAGGCUGGCGCAAAGACAUACAGCCCUGACGACCCAAGGAUCAUCACUCUUGAUUCUUUAGGCUCAACCCAUCCCCAGGCUAUCUCCCACCUCAGGAAGUAUCUUCUUGCCGAGUUUGAGGACAAGCGCAAAACGGUGAUUACCGACCCCCCCACGACGCUGGGUAUGAAGGCCGUCAAUAUACCGGAACAGAACAAUUUAUGCGACUGCGGUGUCUACCUCCUCGGAUACAUUCAGGAAUUCGUGAAAGACCCAGAUCAGUUCGUUCGAACCUUACUCCAAAAAGAGUCUCCGGAUUGGAAAUUCGACCCUUCGGAUCUGCGUAAUCUAUGGCGCGAAACGAUAUUCGAGGAGCGAAAGCAACACUUGAAACCGCAGCGGGGGCCCAAAGCAAAGCUCGAGGCAUCCGCCGCUGCCUCUCCUCCUAAGUCAAGCGUGGAGCCAAGCCGCCACCCAUCGCAGGAUAAUACUACUGAGGACACCAAAGGUACCGACACAUUAAACGGCAAGCUAGGAAACGAGACAAAUUCCUCGGGACACUCCGUCCCUAACAGCACCUCUGGUAGCCCGAUGAACGUGGAUACCCCGCAGGUAGAUGGUCCUAGCACGGAGCCUACACGUUGCGCCACACAGCCAACAAGAACGAGCGGCGGCGAAAAGCCGCAGGUUUCAGAGAUGGUACGCGCGCCACUAUCCCCUCGGCCGCCGGCUUUACAGCAAGACAACCUAGAUGAGGCCACAGUUCCCAUCCCUACCGUGGAAGACGACCCUGUCUCCCUCACCGUUAAGGCACCCGACGCGGAAGAUCUUCCCGGCUCACCCUCUCCGUCACGAGGCGAUCCAUUGCUUCUCUCCCCGCUAUCAUCCACAUCGCCGAGCGGGCCAGCCGAGGAUGGGGAAACAACUGUCGAAGUCUUGCCCGCCUCGUUCCACUCUCCCAACGCCGCGAAGCCGAGGGCCACACAAGGGAGACCGGAACCCUCAUCACCCGCGAGCGUGAGGCGCCGUCGGGCGGCUAAGGCCCGCCCGAAGCACACCACCAGCCAUUUUGUGGUUGAUGAAGGUCCGGUUGUGAUGAGCGCUGAGGUGGUGCGCAACUCGGAUCCCAUCGAUCUUACGGAUGAUUGA